AUGACCGACAACCCCGAUGUCCCAAAGACCCAAAAGGCCUUCGUGCCUCUCGAAAACGACGCGAACGUAAUGAACGACCUCGUCCACAACCUGGGCUUCAGCCAAGACCGCGGCUUCUCAGAUGUAUACUCAAUCAACGACGCAGACCUCCUAGGGUUCGUUCCACGUCCAUCGUACGCCCUCCUCCUCGUCUUCCCCGUCACCCCCGCCUACGAAGAACACCGUAAGAAAGAAGACGCCACACUCCAAGAAUACACCGGCCACGGCCCGAGCGAACGAGUAAUGUGGUUCAAACAAACGAUCCGCAACUCCUGCGGUCUAAUCGCACUUCUGCAUGCUGUUGCAAACGGCGAUGCUCGGACACAUGUUGAGGAAGACUCCGAUCUGGAUAAGCUUCUCCGCCAGGCGCAGGAUCUGGAGCCUUCUCGUCGGGCGGAUCUACUUUAUGAUAGUAAGGUGUUAGAGAGUGCACAUGCGAAUGCAGCGAACUUGGGUGGUACGGAUGCCCCGCAAGCGGAUGAUGAUGUUGAUUUGCACUUUGUGGCGUUCGUUAAGGCGGAUGGGCAGCUUUGGGAGCUUGAUGGAAGGAGGAAGGGGCCCUUAGCUAGAGGACCACUUAAGGACGACGAGGAUGCGUUGAGUGAGACUGCGUUGAAUUUGGGUGUCAGGAAGUUCAUCGCUAGGGGGAUGGAGGAGGGGGAAUUGAGGUUUAGUCUCGUUAGUUUGAGUGAUUUGUUUUAG